AUGGUAAACGCAGAUUUCGAAUGUUUUCUGGAACCAAUGGAUCAUGUAGAAGGUGAUCCAAAAACGUCAUUCACAAUUCAAUAUCAAAAGCACAGACCAAGCGGAUUCUCAUACACGAUAAAAUGUAUGGAUGAGAACGUUUACAAAACAAAAUUUGUAACGUACACGGCACAAAAUAAGGAUGAGGAUAUCGGAAAAGUGUUCGUUGACUCAUUGGAGGAGGAUCUGAAACUAGUGUAUGAAAUUCUUAAAAAAGUAACGCCAAUAAGCAUGACGGAAGAGGAUGAAAAGAACUAUACUGAAUCCAACAACUGUUAUGCAUGUAACAUACAAUUCGGAACCGAUAGGAUAAAUGAGUGGAAUGGUGAGGAAGAAAAAGUAAUCAAGUAUAGAGAUCACUGCCAUAUCACUGGCAAAUACCGAGGAGCCGCAUGCGACAAAUGUAACCUCCGAAUGAGGACACCAAAAUUCGUGCCAAUACUUUUUCACAAUCUGGAAAGUUAUGAUGCACACUUGUUUGUAAAAAGUCUAGGACUUAGUGAGGGUGAUAUUAAUUGCAUUCCGAAAACAGAUGAAAAGUAUAUAUCGUUCAGUAAGGAAAUCCCUAUGGAAAUCAUCAUAUUACCCGAUGGAGAAAAGACAUUAUAUCUGGAAAUGCGGUUCAUAGACUUAUACAAGUUCACACUUGCGUCACUUGAUUCCCUCGCCAACACGCUCGGCGAGGAUGACUUCAGAACAUUGGAAAGUCAAAUGAAACACUCAGGAAUAGAGCUACUGAAGAGAAAAGGGGUGUUUCCAUAUGAGUUCAUGACAGGCUAUGACAAAUUGCAGUAUGAUAAGCUACCCAGUAAGAAAGAAUUUUACAGUAGGUUAAAUAACACAGAUAUAAGCAACGAGGACUAUGAACAUGCACAAAAAGUCUGGAAGACGUUCGACUGUAAAACGAUGCGUGACUACCACGAUCUGUAUCUCAAAACAGACGUACUGUUGCUCACAGAUGUUAUGUGUAGAUUCAGAAAAAUAUGUACGGAAAAUUACGGAUUAGAUCCAUUACAUCAUUACACAGCGCCAGGACUCGCUUGGGAUGCGGCGCUAAAAAUCACAAAAAUAGAAUUAGAACUUAUUCACGACCCAAACAUGUAUCUCAUGAUAGAGAAAGGAAUACGAGGUGGGGUCAGCACGAUAAUGAAAAGAUAUGCAAAGGCGAAUAACAAGUAUAUGAAAAAUUAUGAUCCAAAAAAGGAUAACAUAUACAUACCAUACUUGGACGCUAAUAACUUAUAUGGAUGGGCAAUGAGUCAACCAUUGCCAGUUGGAAACUUCAAAUGGAUGACAGAAACUGAACUGAGCAACUGGGAAAACAUUCCAUGCAUACUGGAAGUGGAUCUGGAAUACCCGGAAAAUCUACAUGACAACCACAACGAAUAUCCGCUCGCGCCGGAAAGCAUAGAAGUAAAUAAAGUCAAGAAACUAAUCCCGAACUUAAACGAUAAGAAAAACUAUGUACUGCAUUAUAGGAACCUGGAACUAUAUCUAGAAUUAGGGCUAAAACUAACAAAAGUACAUCGUGGGGUAAAGUUUGAAGAAAGUCCAUGGCUAGCAAAAUAUAUACAACUCAACACAAAUCUUAGAACAAAAGGUACAACAGAUUUUGAAAAGAACUUUUUCAAAUUAAUGAACAACUCGGUAUUUGGAAAGACGUAAACGUUAAGCUAGUAACCGCCGAGGAACAGUUAAACAAGCUCGCGAAAAAGCCACACUUCAAAGGUGUAAACAUUUUCACAGAAAAUUUAAUUGCUGUUCAUAUGGAAAAAACCACUGUCAAACUUGUAAAACCUAUAUACCUAGGAAUGAGCAUCUUAGAUCUAAGCAAAACACUCAUGUAUAACUUCCACUAUAACUACAUCAAACCAAAAUACGGUAAUAAUGCAAACUUACUCUUCACAGACACAGACAGUCUGUGUUAUGAAAUUAAAACAGAAGACUUUUACAAGGAUAUCACACCGGAUGUUGAAAAAUGGUUUGAUACAAGCAACUACGACAAAGACCACAGUAGCGGAAUACCGGUUGGAAAAAAUAAAAAAGUUGUAGGGAUGAUGAAAGACGAAUGUGGAGGAGAACAAAUUUCAGAAUUCGUUGGACUCCGUAGUAAACUGCACGCCCACAAAAGGGGUAAAGGAAAAGAGGAAAAGAAAUGUAAAGGUGUGAAAAAGUGCGUAGUCAAAAAUGAAAUAGUAUUCGAGGAUUAUAAAAAUUGCCUAUUCUCAGGAGCAAAACAAUAUAGAACAAUGAAUACAUUCCGGAGCCGGCAACACGAAAUAACGACGGAAAGAAUAAACAAGACGGCACUUUCGGCAAACGACGAUAAGCGUGUUAUACUAUCCGACGGAAUACACACUUUAGCAAUAGGACACUACCGACUCUCCCGGAAAAAUUAAAAAAAUAGUUUUAGAAGCUGUGAUGACGUCAUCGUUGAACCCUUUGGAAAAUGAUCACGUGAUUGAUGACGUCAUAAUUGAAUUUCGGAAAAGAAAUGCGUUAGAGAGACGGAGCGAACCGGAAUUAAUGACGUCAUUAAUUAAUCGACAUUUAUCGAACCGGUUUAGAAAGCGGAUCAAAAAUGCGCUGGAACCCGCAUUUCUAUACUACUAA